CAUGUUGAAGUGGUUGUGUUUCCUGUGGUGUGGGGCUUCCACUGUGGCCCUCCUGGUUCUCCCCAAGUUCAUCACUGACAACAACACCUCUGCCAACACCGAGAGUGCCUCUAACAGCGUGGAGAUCUCUGGUUAUGCCUGUGGAUACGCGGCCUCCAUAUUCUACCUCUCCUCUCGUUUUCCACAGCUCUACAAAAAUUUUAAGCGGCAGUCUACAGAGGGCACGUCGUACAUGCUGUUUGCCCUGGCCAUGAUGGGCAACGGGACCUACGGGCUCAGUGUCAUUGUGGUUCUACCAGCUCUGGCCGGCUCCAAACAGACCUUCAUUCUCAAACAUCUGGCCUGGCUCAUCGGCAGCCUGGGAGUCCUCCUCCUAGACUUCUUUGUCACCGCCCAGUUCAUCAUCUAUAGGAAGAACCGCUCCGAUAAAACCAGCAAGAAGAUGAACGUUCCUGAAGUAGAACCUCUGCUCUGUGAAGAGGAGGAGCUGUCCACGUUCUAGAAAACACAUGAAUAAAGGUGUAUCGUUAGAACACAUGAUUAAAGUUCUAGAGUGAGAAUACAUGAUUGAAGUUCUAGAGUGAGAAUACAUGAUUGAAGUUCUAGAGUGAGAAUACAUGAUUGAAGUUCUAGAGUGAGAACAUUACUGAAGUUCUAGAGUGAGAAUACAUGAAUGAAGUUCUAGAGUGAGAAUACAUGAUUGAAGUUCUAGAGUGAGAAUACAUGAUUGAAGUUCUAGAGUGAGAAUACAUGAUUGAAGUUCUAGAGUGAGAUUACAUGAUUGAAGUUCUAGAGUGAGAACAUUACUGAAGUUCUAGAGUGAGAAUACAUGAUUGAAGUUCUAGAGUGAGAAUACGUGAUUGAAGUUUCCCUCAGUGAGAAUACAUGAUUAAAGUUCUAGAGUGAGAAUACGUGAUUGAAGUUUCCCUUAGUGAGAUUACAUGAUUGAAGUUCUAGAGUGAGAUUACAUGAUUGAAGUUCUAGAGUGAGAACAGUAAGAGAUUUCCAGAAAUCAUCUCCAUAAUGCUGAGUGGAGACCUAGAAUAAUCCAACAAAUGUGAUAGUACACCAAUGUUCCCUCCAUUUAAGUCCAGGUGAAUUAAAGGGGGCGUUUUGUUUGAGGAAUGUAAUCUCAGUAGAACCAUUCUCUAUUUCUUUGUAAGGGCGCUCAUAUGAUCUAUUCCCUUGUUCUUAUUACACUAAAGGCCUAUAGGGUGUGUCUCAGUGUCACAUUCCUCUAGUCUAUGUUUGUCAAUGGUUAGAGCUCUUGUGUUUUCCAGGAUAAGAUAUGCAAUACACUCUGAACUAUUCACACAACAUUGUCAUCUAGGUAAACAGUACAAGAAGGAAUCAUAACAGUGAUUGUUCCUGUAUGUAGGUUUAAAAAGAUCAUACAUUGCACCAAUGGUAAUGUAUCACAUUGACUAUUGAUGUGCCACAAAGUAGUGGGCUGCACCAACAGUCAUCUAUUUUACACUUGUGGUGAAUUUGUUAUAGUUUACCUUGGUUUGUUGUAGGAGCAGAUUCCGUUGUAAUUGAAUCCCUAUUUAAGUUGUAGUUGUUAAAUUGCUUGGAGUGUUACACAGUGUUUAGAUUGUGAAUGUGCAGUGGGUUAAGCCUGAUAUCCUGUGUCUUGCAUCUACAUCUAUUUAUGUGUUGCUGCAGUGGAGGUCUGAGGGCUGUUUGACGUCUUCACACGGCUGCUUUUAAAACAGACAGUUCUUUGGCUGAAAUCUAACAUUUAGAUAAACAUCCUCCUUUCCUUACGUUAUGGCCCAGGUAUGUUACCUUUCAGUGGCCACAAAGAAUGGAAGGAAGGAGGGAGGCUUUUUGGCAGUAUUCAGUCACAGCCUUGAGCAUUGAGUUCUCACCCCUUAUUGUGGAGUUGUGUCCAGGGGGGUAUUCACUAGGAACCAAAACGGGGACGGACCUAACUGAAUUUGUCCAAUAGAAACUUGUUUUCAUUGCUAAAUGUUUUCAACUGUGUGCAACUAAUGAAUACACCCUAGUCUUCUAUGUCUGCAGUCACAUGUUCAGAAAGCAGAGGAUCAAGGUUGUGUGGGAACUGUUUUAUAAGUUGAUGUGCCAUAACUUGGUAACAUGGAGUCAUGAUGUGUGAAUAGAGCUUUCUAAUUACCGAUGGUCACAGCACUUUAUUAGUCUGUCAUGGAUGUGAUUGGUUGAUUGACACCACAGAUUUCUCUACCUCGUCUUUCAGUGAGGGGGUUUGUUUAUCUGACCCGGGUUACCCCGUCUGGUUUGAACCGGGCUGCCUCCCGGGCGUGAGCCAGGUGCCCCGCUCUGGCCGACGGCGAAGUCGGCUCAAAACAAAAGUGACGUAAUUAAGCAUGUGUGAUGAGUAGGAUUAUGUGUUUUCAAAUGCUAAAGUGAUUACUUUUGAUAAAAAUCCUUUAUCUGCCUUCCCAAUAAAAACUAGUUUGAAAAUUCAAACAUUUUAUUUGAUAGAAAAUAGAUGUAUGUUUCUGGACAAUGUACCUAGCUGCCUUGUUGACAACAUGAUUGAGCGUUGCAGAUUACUGUUUGAUUUGAGAAGUGCGCUCCUCCCUCCCCGCUUUCGCCCGAUGACGUGACAGGCCAUUGCCCGGUUCAACCCAGGCCAGUGUAAUAGAACUCCCUCAGUGACAUAGGAGUCAUGCCUGGUGAAAAUGUAAAUCAAAGCAAAUCAAAAAAAUUGUCACAUAAUCCGAAUACAACAGGUUCACCUUACCGUGAAAUGCUUACUUACGAGCCUUUAACCAAGAAAAUAUUUGCUUAAUAAACUAAAGUUUAAAAAAGUAACACAAUAAAAUAACAAUAACGAGGCUAUAUAUGGGGGUACCGGCACCAAGUCAGUGUGCAGGGGUACGGGUUAGUCGAGAUAAGACCAGCACCCCGGAGUCGCCUCUUCACUGUUGACGUUGAGACUGGUGUUUUAAUGAAGCUGCCAGUUGAUGACUUGU